AUGGAGCGCGGCGGGCGGUGCAGCUCGGUGGCGGCGCUGCGUGUGGGGCGCGCGGAGUGCUGCGCAGGAGGCGCGCGCGCACCCGCCGCCUGGAGCCCCCGCGACCUCGACAGCGGCGAGAUAUUCUUCUACAAGGCACUCUCUGGUGGAGUGCCGUGUACUGCUUGUGCUGAAUCCUGUGCCGGCGUGACCUGUGGGGCGGGGCGGCGGUGUGUGGUGCGGGGCGGGCGCGCGCGGUGCGUGUGCGCGGCGACGUGUCGACGCGCGGGCCCGGUGUGCGGUAGCGACGGCAAGACCUACCGCUCCCUGUGCCGACUGCGGAGGAGAGCCUGCCGCCGCCCUGCAAAACACCUCACACUCGACUAUCCGGGACCUUGCCGAGUUGGAAGUUGCGAAGGCGUGCGUUGCGGAGGCGACAAACGCUGCGUUUUGGACGCGGAGUUGGGCGCGCACUGCGUGCGCUGCGGCGCGUGCAGCGUGGCGGGCGCGCCCGUGUGCGCGGUGGACGGCCGCACGUACGCGGGCGCGUGCGCGCUCCGGAAGGCUGCCUGCGAGCGGGGCAAGGCGCUGCCACUAGCUUAUAAGGGAUCUUGUAUAGCAAACGCGACAUGUUCGCGUGUGCGGUGCGGGGCGGGGCAGCGCUGCGUGUCGGGCGGCGCGAGCGGCGCGCGCUGCGUGUCGUGCGGCGCGUGCGGCGGCGGCGCGCGGCGCCCGCUGUGCGGCUCCGACGCGCGCACCUACACGUCCUGGUGCCGGCUGCAGCGCGCCGCGUGCCAUGCGGGCACCGUUGUGGACCCUCUGCACCCUGGACCGUGCAAAGGAAACAAAAAUAUAACGGACAAUAGUGUAACUGACGAGAAAAAUGGCGAAGAUAUUGACACAACACGAGUCCUA